CUUUCCUCCAUGCCACUUCCUUAUUUUUAUAAAAAUUCUUACAGCAACUAAUUAACGUUUCACUGCUGACAUGGCACAUCUGUACUUCACUGUUUUUAUGUUAAUGGUAGCUGAUUUAUCUGUAUCUGGACAUGGUAAUGAACUGCCUGUAUAUGGUAUUUUGGGAAACACUGUUUUAUUUCAUGUCAACUAUUCAGAUAUAUCAUUUGUGUCUGAUGUCUUUUGGAAAAAGGACAAUUUGGGUGUUGCUAGAUUCAAAAAUAUGACAAGCAUUAGCUACGCGGAGUACAACAACAGAAUUAAGAUCCUUCCAGGUGGGGAUCUUGAAAUAAAACAUACCAGAAAGAAUGAUACUGGAAUUUACAGAUUUGACAUGUUUGACGAUGAAGGAAAACUCCUACAUGGUGGCAGUUUUUACUUAUAUCUUUUAGAUCCAAUUUCAGAACCAUGGAUAGCCCAGAAUUGUUCAUCAGAUGGAGCAGUUGAAUUAUCUUGCAGAGUUAACGCUGGAACAAAUAUUUCCUUCAGCUGGAGUCUUGAUGAAUGCCCACUAGAAAAUGAUAUAGCUGAUUUCAGUAAUGAUUAUGCAACUGUCACCUUAAAGGAGUCAGUUUCAGGACAAUUCACCUGUAGUGUUCGGAACCAGUUGUAUGAACAACACAGCAAUCACACAAGGAUUACUAUUAACUGUACAGGUAUACUGAAAUACAUGCUGAUUGCAGCACCUCUAUUUGGACUUGUGAUGGUUGUAGUUCUGGCAGUGACCUUUUGCUGCAUUUUCAAACGACAGAGGCAAGCAUCCACUCAAGAAUCAAGGCUUUGGAUUGUAAAACAUGAUGAUAACUGUAUUACAACAGAAACCAAUUUUCAGAGCCAAAAAGAUGAAACUUCCUUGCAAACAACACCUGUUUCAUUGCAUCCUGAUCGUUCACCAAGCUCAACCAAAGAACACAUUCCUGUUGUACAAUUUUCCCUGAAUGAAGAACUUCAUUAAAAUGGCAGAGACCAUAAUGCUACAAGACAACAUGUACAUUUGAACCAGGGAAACAAUAUUUAGAAAUGUGUAUUCUUGUGCAUGGUAACUGUUGUAUAAAGACACUUCCUCGGACUACAGGUAUCUCAGAAAGAUUACAUAAAUUAAAUAAAUAAACAUUUUAGCAAAAGUUAGAGGAGCAACAGCAGCACUUAGAACUUUGGAGAUAGUUUUGUCAGUUCUGUGUUGUGGAUGUUAUAACCACACACACACACACACACACACACACACACACACACACACACACACACACACACACACACACACACACACACACACACACACACACACACACACACACACUCCUGUUAACUAUAAUAACAAAACACUAGGAUUCUAGAAGAUAUUGAAAAAAUAUAUAGUUCUUGCAUUACUAAAAUGUCUUUCUUGAGGUGUCAACACUUUUAAGUUAUGAGGGUUAAAACUAUGAAUGCUUAUUCAACAAUUUUGCACAGCCCGUUAAGGCUAUGAGCUGCUAAACAGCUUCAUUCUGAAGUCGCAGGAUAGAUUCUUGCAGUCUCCUUUUCCAGUUUGUAUGACACUAAGUUAAUUACUUAACUAGAGCAGGAUCUUUCAGUCCCUUAUUGGACUUAGUUUGCUAUGAGAUUAAUAAAGAAUCAGAUAUUAUCACAAUGGAUGUUUCAUUUGGAAGUCUUAAUAAUUUUAAAGACUGGAUCCCAUGCAGGUAGAGGCUAUAACAACUGCUGUAUAAUAUUCGUUUUGCUUUUUGUUACUUUGACUGAAAAUUACUGACUUGUCAAUUUUGUCUCUGAAUUAUCAUGUAUCAUGCCAUAGUUUAAAAGUUUUGUAAAUCAUCUGUAUUGUAAUUUAUCAUGAAAUCAAAUAUUGACAAGAGAGACUUGUGUAUCAGUACUAUGCUAAAUAAUAGAUAAGGUAGUAUUGAAAAAUUCCUGAUAGCAAUAUUCAUGUUUGUUACAGCUUUAUAAUACAAUAAUUUUUAAUUAAAUACUGAAUGAAUUCUU